AUGGCCGACGAGGAGCAAGCCCCAGUUGUUGUCGACAACGGUUCUGGUAUGGUGAAGGCAGGUGCCGCUGGUGAGGAUGCUCCUUCCAACGUUUUCCCUUCCAUCAUUGGUCGGCCUAAGCAUGCUGGUAUCAUGGUUGGUAUGGAGAAGAAGGAAGCCUACGUGGGCGACGAAGCUCAGGCGAAGCGCGGUGUGCUACAGCUUACUUACCCGAUUGCCCACGGCAUUAUUACUAACUGGGACGAUAUGGAGAAGAUCUGGCACCACACUUUCUACGACGAGCUCCGUAUUUCUCCCGAGGAGCACCCCGUUCUCUUAACUGAGGCGCCCCUUAACCCCAAGGCGAACCGUGAGAAGAUGGUCCAGAUGAUGUUUGAAAAUUUCAGCUGUCCCGCUACCUAUGUGUCUAUCCAGGCCGUGCUCUCCUUGUACGCCUCCGGAAGAACCACUGGCAUCGUCAUGGAUAGCGGCGAUGGCGUCAGCCACACCGUUCCCAUCUACGACGGUUUCGCCUUGCCCCACGCUGUCAUGCGUCUCGACCUUGCAGGCCGUGACUUGACUGAGUACAUGAUGACUCUUCUGCACUUGAGAGGCCACGCCUUUACCACUUCGGCUGAGAAGGAAAUUGUCCGUGACAUCAAGGAGAAGUUGUGUUACAUCGCUCUUGAGUUUGAUGAAGAGCUCAAGAAGGCCGAGGAAUCUGACGAAGUUGAGAAGACUUACGAACUCCCUGACGGCAACGUCAUCAGCGUCGGCAAAGAACGCUUCCAGACCCCGGAGGCCUUGUUCCAACCGUCUCUCAUCGGCCGAGAAGCCCAAGGUGUUCACCACACUACUUUCCAGUCCGUCAUGAAGUGCGACGUUGAUAUCCGAAAGGACCUCUAUAGCAAUGUCGUGCUCUCCGGCGGAACCACCAUGUACGAAGGCAUCGGUGAAAGAAUGACCAAGGAACUUACAGACUUGGCUCCUUCCACCGUUGGCAUCAAGGUCAUCGCCCCUCCCGAACGUAAGUUCUCUGUCUGGAUCGGUGGCUCCAUUCUAUCGUCCCUCACUACCUUCCAGAACAUGUGGAUCACUGCCGAUGAAUACGAAGAGUGCGGCCCCGUAAUUGUACACAAGAAGUGCAUGUAA